AUGGAGGGGUUUGUAUCGCUGAAAGAGCUUCAAAAGCAUGCGGCAGAAGGUGAUUUGUGGAUCAGCAUUGACGAGAAAGUUUAUGAUGUCACCAAGUACGUUAGCCAACAUCCUGGUGGCGUAGACACACUCCUUGGGGUGGCCGGUAAAGAUGGGACAGAUGACUUUAAUUCGGUUGGGCACAGUGACAUGGCGAAGGAAGAGCUCAAAAAAUAUUGUGUGGGCAGGUUGAGCCCCGAGGACGUAAAGAUCUUGAAAGCCUCUUCCGAAACAUCAACCACCAGCGCCUUUUCCCUUGAGCUUAUUGCGGUGACGUCUUCUAUCGUGGCCAUUAUUAUAUACUUUCUAUUCUCAAGCUGA